AUGCUCGGUUUGUUCGAAAAACUCGGACCUCACGUGAAGGGCGUACUGUCGAAAAAAGUGUCUGCGGACAAUGUCGUGUUCCGUCUUCACUACCGGCUGACGGUGAUGUUGCUCCUCCUCGGAUGCUUCCUCGUCACGACCAUCGAAUUCAUCGGGGACCCGAUCCUCUGCAUGCCGUCCACGCUUUCCGGGGACGACUACGAUCCGGAGAACGAUCCGUUCGUGAAGGCGUGCAACACCUACUGCUGGAUCAUGUCCACGUUCACGCUUCCCCAGCUGCACGACAAAGAGGUGGGAGUCGAGGUGGCGCAUCCCGGCGUGGGCCCUCCCCCGAAGGAUGCAGAGAUGAAGUACCACGCCUACUACCAGUGGGUCCCGUUCUUCUUGCUCCUUCAGUCCAUCAUGUUCUACGCCACGCACUUCUUGUGGAAGAAUCUGGAGGGCGGGACGUUGAAGGGCGUGCUCAACGGCCUGGACGAUCUCGUGUUGGACAAGGAAGCAAGAGAAGGGAAAGAGAAGCAGGUGGUCAAGUAUCUCAAGCUGACGAGAGGGAAGCACUCGUGUUGGUACUUGCAGUACGUGAUCUGCGAGAUCCUCAACUUCUGCCACGUCGUCGGACAGAUCUACUUCACGGACAAGUUCCUCGGUUACGAAUUCACGACUUACGGGGCCGAGGUCUUCGAGUUCCUGGAAUCCGACGAAGAGAAUCGAACGGAUCCCAUGACGAAGGUCUUCCCCAAGCCCGAUCAUCUCAUCCAGUUCUACCGAUUGCCUGCGACCUUCUCCACUCCCUUCACGUGCAUCCUGCGACCUCCUCCAUUCCUUUCGCAAGAGGUGAAUUACGAUGCGGUGAGGGAGAAGCUGUCCAAGGGGGAAAUCCUGCUUCUGGACUGCCGGAAUCGUCCGGAAAUAUGCGGCGCCGGAAUGAUCCCCGGAAGCUUCUGCGUCCCUCUUCCGGAGGUGGAGGAAGCCUUCAAGUUGAACUCGGAAUCCUUCGAGAGGAAAUACGGAUGCAGGAAGCCGAAUCCGGAGGAGGAGAACGUGGUGAUGAUGUGCGGAACCGGGCGGAGGGCGAAACUGGCCAUCGAAGCGCUCCGACCCCUCGGAUAUCACCGGCUCAAGUGGUACAGUGGGAGUUUCAACGACUGGGUCGCCAAAGGGGGCGACGUGGCCAAAUCCUGA